UCUCCCCCUCCAGGUCCGUAUCCUGCACCCUCACCUCGAGCUCCCGGGACCGGUGGCGAUGCCAUCCCGCCACCCUCCAUUACCGCUACCGGCAGCCCUGUCUCUUUAACAGCCUCCGCUGCUGACACGCGUGUGCGUGUGUGCAAACGCGCGUGUGCGUGUGCGAGCAGCUCCCAGCUCCCCGGGCUGGCUGGCAGGAGGGACCCCCCUUCUCCAUCCCCCCCCGGAUCCGGAUCCGGCCCCAUUCACCCCCCCCCACCUCCCCGCUUAUUUUUCCUGUUGUUUAGCGGGGUUGGGGCGGGGGCCGGGCAGGAUCCGGCCCCUUUUCCAACGGAGGAUUUUUUUGGGGUUUUCUCCCGGUUUUCUUCCCGGUGUUUUUUUCCCUGCAACCAAGAGAGGACGGGGACAAGGCAUGGCAUGAGCUUCGGAAGACGGUGCUGGAGAGAGACCUGUGGAAGAUGUCGAACCCGAGAAACGGCGACACCAAGCCCCCAUGUUUGCCCCGCAAUGGACUGGUGAAGAUCCCCACACAACCCAACGGCCUCGGCUCUGCCAGCAUCACCAAAGGCACCCCUGCCGUGAAAAACCGCCUGUGCCAGCCUUCCUCCGUGCCUGCCAUCCUCAGCCCGGCCUUAGCCCACCGCAGCGACCUGCCCAUCCCCAGCCUGGCCUCCCCACUCUCCUUGGCCGCUCUGGCCAGUGUCUCCUCCCCUCCCAGUGCUUCCUUGGUGGGACUGAACACGAGCGAAGGCUCGGAGCAGCCCUCACCAGAACGGCUGCCCGGCUCACCCUCGGAAAGGCAGCUGGCAGUGGACGAGAAGAUCCUCAACCGCUUGUUCUGGUACUUUUCGGCUUGCGAGAAGUGUGUGCUGGCACAGGUGUGCAAGGCAUGGCGGCGGGUGCUCUACCAACCCAAGUUCUGGGUGGGCUUGACGCCCGUCCUGCACACCAAAGAGCUCUACAAUGUCCUGCCUGGUGGCGAGAAAGAGUUUGUCAGCCUGCAGGGCUUCGCUGUCCGUGGCUUCGACGGCUUCUGCCUCGUGGGUGUCUCUGACCUGGACAUUUGUGAGUUCAUUGACAACUACCCUCUCUCCAAGAAGGGGGUCAAAUCCAUGAGCCUUAAGAGGUCGACCAUCACAGAUGCAGGGUUAGAGGUGAUGCUGGAGCAGAUGCAAGGAGUCGUACGGCUGGAGCUGUCGGGCUGCAACGACUUCACAGAGGCUGGGCUGUGGUCCAGCCUCAAUGCCCGCAUCACGGCGCUGAGUGUCAGCGACUGCAUCAAUGUGGCCGACGAUGCCAUCGCCGCCAUCUCGCAGCUUCUGCCCAACCUCACCGAGCUCAACCUGCAAGCCUACCACGUGACAGACACGGCGCUCGCCUACUUCACUGCCAAGCAAGGCUACACCACCCACACCCUCCGCCUCAACUCCUGCUGGGAGAUCACCAACCACGGCGUGGUCAACAUGGUCCACAGCCUGCCCAACCUGAGUGUCCUCAGCCUCUCGGGCUGCUCCAAGGUGACAGAUGAUGGCGUGGAGCUGGUGGCUGAGAACCUGCGGAAGCUGCGCAGUCUUGACCUCUCCUGGUGCCCUCGCAUCACUGACAUGGCACUGGAGUACAUUGCCUGUGACCUGCACAAGCUGGAGGAGCUGGUGCUUGACAGGUGUGUGCGGAUCACCGACACUGGCCUCAGCUACCUGUCCACCAUGUCGUCCCUGCGGAGCCUCUACCUGCGCUGGUGCUGCCAGGUGCAGGAUUUUGGCCUGAAGCACCUCCUGAGCAUGGGCAGCCUGCGCCUCCUCUCGCUGGCCGGCUGUCCCUUGCUGACCACCACGGGGCUGUCAGGGCUGGUGCAGCUGCAGGAGCUGGAGGAGCUGGAGCUCACCAACUGCCCGGGGGCCACCCCGGAGCUCUUCAAGUACUUCUCCCAGCACCUCCCGUGCUGCAUGGUCAUCGAGUAGUGCCGGACCUGGCUGCCCCACUCCCAUGCCCACCCUGCUGUCACCCCGUCUGACAUCGCCCACCCCAUUUCUUUCCGUCUGCUGGGGGAUGCAAAAGACGCCAUCGAUUACAACCGACCCCGGACACCCACCACAUCGAGGCCCCCAAGGGAUGCGGGGCACCGAGGGGAGAUGGGGGACGGCGUUACCCCUCACUGGAGCCCCCCUGGGUACCCUGUAAAUUCCCCCCACGCUGGCACCAUCGCCUAUCCUCCUCCUGGUGUCUUGCCAAUCCCUUCCGGACAGAUGAAUGGACAUCAUGGAAAUCCAAAGUGGGAAGGCGAUGGCAGUGUGACCCCCCUGGGCUGCAUCCUGCUCCCCCCACCCCAGUGCCAAGCAGGCGUGCAGCCCUGCCGCCAAGGAUGCUCCUAGGGACCAAAGGAUGCUCCCAGGGAUAGGCGAGAGGAGGAUGCUUAUUUUUGGCACCCAUGGGUGGUGGCACAGGCUGGAUGGGUCCCCUUGCCACCCCCACAGGGGGUCAUCAAGCCACCCCCCUGUGCUGCGUGUCCCCCCUGAGCCCCAGCCCUGCCCUUGGGGUGCCCAGCGCUUUCUCCUGGUGAAUAGGAUGUUUUUCUCUGCCCUCCCGACCGCCGUCCUCGCAUGCUCGCUUGCUUCAGUCUCGUGGUACGGCAGGCCCUGGGGUACCCAGGGGGGAUGGUGACAAGUGACAGCCUCCAUUUGGCCCCUCUAUAUGGCUUUGUCCUGGCCAGAUCCUGCCCCAGGAGCCAGGAUAUCCUGGCAAGCAUCCUCCCUCGCCCUGGGGACCCCGCUGCACCCCUGUUUGCGUGGGGUCGGUGGGGCAAUGCCAACGCCGAGGAGCGACCCAUCCGGCUGGGGACCGGGGCCAGGUCUGAGCUGCUGCGGGGACACCAGCAGCACAGAGCAAAGGUGUGAGGUGGCACUUAGGACACGCUGCCAUCGCUACCACUCUUCCAGCUGGAAAGCCAUCGCCCCAACACCAGUGGCAAGCAGGGGGCCAGGGGGAACCCUGGGCCAAGCUGGGCAUGGGGCUGAGGUGCCCGCAGGGACCCGGUGUGGGAGGUGACAGGGUGGCUGUCCCCAGGACAUGGCCCACUGCCACACCAGCUGCCUGCGCCACCCUGGGAGUGGGCACGGAUGUGGGCAUGGACAUAGGCAUGGACACGGACAUGGACAUGGACACGCUUUCGGUUUGUUUUGCCUUUGUACCGGCCGGGAAGGAACUGCUGCACCAACCGCCACCUCCGCUCCCUCCUUUGUCCAAAAUGCCACUUUCUGGCCCCAAAAUGGUGCUAGGACCUUUGUGGCCCUGGGAGUGGGUUUGGGGUGUGCCAGGAGCCACCGGGACAGGGUGGCACCACCAGGGCAUGGAGCACGCUGGCACAGUGGCAGCCAGGGUGGGGGGGUGCCUGGGGGACACGGGGGCCAGGGGCCAGGGCCAGGCCAGGCAGUGGCACAUGGAGAGUCCCCCACCCCUGCAGAUGACAGCAGCAGUUGGGGGGGGGGGGGGGCAUCAGCCCUGAGCACCCUCACGGUCCCAUGUCACAUAGGCAGUCCCAGGGCUGGGGUGUCCCCAUGCCCCACACUGCACCCCCCCAUGGCCGUGUGCCCCCAUAGCCCCAAGGGCACCCCAACAGUCCCCAGGGCACUCCCAUACACCCCAGGGCACCCCCGCUCCCCUGCACACCCAUCUCCCAGUGGAGCCCUGUACCUCCCUGUACGGCCACCCCCAUGUAGCCCUACAACCCAGUGCAGCCCCACGCUCUAGGGCACCCCCAAACUCCCCAAGCAGCCCCACACCUCAGCGCACCCCCAUAUCCCCCCAGUGCAUCCCUGCACCCCCAGUGCACCCCAUCUCCCCUGCUGCACCCCCAGCGC